AUGGAGUUCAGGAUAGCAGAUGGGCGCAAGAGGCAUCGGUUGAUAGUGUUGGCGGUACUACUGUGGGCCACGGUGGUCCGGGGAGGGGUGAACGGAGAGCCGAAUUGUCCGUCGGCGUGCCAAUGCAAGUGGAAGGGCGGCAAGCAGGCGGUGGAGUGUUUGAACGUUAAUCUGUUCUCAAUCCCGGAGAACAUCGACCACUCGACGCAGGUACUGGACGUGUCGGGCAACAACCUGCAGAUCAUCUCGAACGAAACGUUCGUUCGCUCGAACCUGCUGAACCUGCAGAAGUUGUAUAUGCGCGACUGCCGAAUUGGCCAGAUCGACGACGGGGCGUUCGCCGGACUCACGAACUUGGUCGAGCUGGACCUUUCGAUCAAUCUGCUGACGGCGGUGCCGUCGGCCGCUUUUCAGCACAUCGUCUCGCUGCGGGAUCUGACGUUGGCCCGCAACCACAUCCAGAAGAUCGAGAGCCACGCGUUUCGCAACGUAACUGCGCUCACCAAGCUCGAUCUUUCGUUCUGCAGCAUCCAGACGAUCGCUCCGCAAGCAUUCGAAGGUCUCGCGGCGCUGCACUCGCUCAAGCUGAAUGGCAACCAGCUGUCGGAGCUGCGGCCAAAGACGAUCGAGACGCUCAGCCGUCUACACGGCAUCGAGCUGCACGACAACCCGUGGGUGUGCGACUGUCGGUUGCGGGCGGCCAAGCUGUGGUUGUCGGAGAACAACAUCCCGUACCCGAUCGCACCGACGUGUGCCGGAGGUCCGGAGCGCGUGAUGGACAAGACGUUCGGCGAGCUCCAGGUGGACGACUUUGCCUGCAAACCGGAGAUGCUGCCGGUGCGGCGCUUCAUUCAGGCGUUCAGCGGCGAAAACGCCACCAUCGAGUGCCGUAGCUCGGCCGUGCCUUCGGCCACGGUCAACUGGUACUGGAACGGGAAGCUACUGGUGAACAACUCGCACUUUAGCGCCUAUCAGCGCGUGCUGGUGUACGAGCAGGGCAACUUCGAGAAGCGCAGCAAACUGAUCCUGACCAAUGCGCAGGAAACCGACUCGAGCGAGUUCUAUUGCGUCGUCGAGAAUAGGGCCGGGGCGGCCGAGGCGAACUUCACGCUGCACGUGGCGAUGCGCGACAUCGGGUUCGCGAUCGAGAACCGCCAGAUCAUUGGGCUGAGCGCGGCACUCGUCAUUCUGAUACUGUUCAUACUGCUGAUAAUACUGUUCCUGCUCGUACGAUUACGGCGGAUACCGAUGACGGAGACGAAAACCCCGAACCAGGUCGAGGUGAUCACGUCCGUAAGUCCCUCUAGCAAUGUAAAUGGCAAGGUGGCGACGCCUAUUAACGAUUGUCAUCAUUCUCCAGAUCGAAAAAACGCCGCCGGUGAUCUAAAGUGCUGCCAAUCGUCGGCCAACCCGGUGCAGAAGCCGCCCCGGCUCACCGAUCUGCCCUACUCGACGACGCACUACGACGGCGGCGGCAGUCUGAUUGCGUCCGGCCAGUGCUUCGUCUCACCGACGCAUUCGCUGACCGGCGGUGGUGCCGUCAAUAACCCCGAUCUGAUCAACGACACGAAGCGGCUGGGCAGUGGUACCGAUCUGGCCACAGGCCCAGCCGUCAGCGAUACGCACUUAUCCGCGCAGCUCGCCCAGCUGCAGCUGGCCACAUCGGCCGCCGUCAAUGCGCAUCUCUCGUUGCUGGAUCCGCUCGAGCGGCCGGGAAGCGGCGAGUACAGCCGGGCCGGCGGAUGCGAUUCACUCUAUCCGUCCGGGCUGUGGGAAACGCACAGCUCCACCGCGGCCACCAUGCCCCAAACCGCGCCCGCUCCUCCUGCCCCCGUUGGCAGCAGCACGAUGGCCGACCUUGACGACGAGGCGUCCUCCGUCGACUACUUGAGUCGCACGUUCCCUCGUGCCGCCGUAGGCUCCAGUGGUCUGUCGGUUUCGGCCACCGGCCAUCAUCACCGAGACUACCCAUCGUCGAGCGCCACCGGCGGCGGUGGCUAUCCGGCCGACUACGGACUGCCGAUCGUGCCCGGCGCCGAGCAGCUGCACAACAAGCUGGCCAGCGUCCAGCCGGCGCACCACGGCAGCACCGGCAGCAUGCCAAUGAACGCCAAGACGCUGCGCGUGUGGCAGAAGGGCGGCGUACCGGUGCUACCGCCGGUCACGGCCUUAAAACGUGCUUUAUCCAACAGCCGCAACUCUCCCGACGAAGGCUACCAGGAAGGCUGCGGGACGGACGUGUAGUCCAACUUCUAAGGCUUUCCCGCCAAGCGCCUUCCCAACAGCAGUCAGCAGCCGGCCCGGAUGGCCGGUCCCCAUCACACAACAUACAUACACAUGUAGUUUAGGCAAAUAGUUGUUGUCGUCCUCGUCGCCGUCAUCAUCCGUCACCGUCGUCGACACUCAAUCGCAGUAGAGAAAAAAACAUUACAAACAAACAGAAGAAUCACGACAGCAAACAAACACCCUAGCAAAAUAACACUGCAAAAGGCAACGACGAAAACUCGGUUGAUUCACGGUUGAGUGAGAAGUGCGUCACAGAGCGGCGGACCGAAGCGUCAUAAUUUGCGCCACGACACGGUUUACGGUACAGAGUCCUUCUCCUGUCGGUCGAUUUGUAACUAGAACGUUGUCUCUCUCCCUUUCUCUCUGCGUCAUUGGUGGCGUUGGGAUCAGUGAGGAGGGGUCGCGGUCGCGGAAAAUGCUGUAAGGGUUGAUGGUGCGUGAAGCGGGGAAGCGGGAAUGAAUGUGAUAAGUACUGUGAAAAGUACAUUUUUUCAUCUGAUUUAUUUAAUUUUUUUAUAUAACGUAUGGUAAAAAUAUUGAAAUAAAACUAAACGUUAGAAGGCUGACGAAUGCGCGGUUCGCUGAGAAAAGAAGGGACAGUCCUUGAAGCCCCCUACAC